GAGGAGGAGAAGACCGAAAAAUGGCGACGUCGAACAAUCCGCGGAAAUUUAGCGAGAAGAUUGCUCUGCACAACCAGAAGCAGGCAGAGGAGACGGCGGCCUUCGAGGAAGUGAUGAAGGACUUGAGCAUUACUCGAGCGGCACGGUUGCAGCUCCAGAAGACUCAAUAUUUGCAGCUGGGACAAAACCGUGGCCAAUACUAUGGUGGAUCUUUACCUAAUGUGAAUCAAAUUGGAAACAGCACAAUUGACCUGCCCUUUCAGACUCCAUUUCAAACAUCUGGACUUGACACAAGCCGGACAACUCGUCAUCAUGGCCUAGUUGACAGAGUAUAUAGAGAUCGGAAUAGGCUCACCUCUCCUCACAGACGCCCCCUCUCUGUGGACAAGCAUGGCCGCCAGAUUGACAGCUGUCCAUACGGCUCUGUGUAUCUGUCACCUCCACCGGACACCAGUUGGAGAAGAACCAAUUCAGAUUCAGCCCUACACCAGAGCACAAUGAACCCCAGUACUCAGGACACAUUUAUUGGUGGUUCUCAGGAUUUACACCAGAAAAGAGUGCUGCUGUUAUCAGUUCCUGGAACAGAAGAUGUUGAAUCAGAAGCAGACAAAACACUGCAGAAGCAAAUAUGGGACAACAAAAAGAAUGCAUCAAGACCCAAAUCUUGUGAAGUUCCAGGAAUCAAUAUUUUUCCAUCACCUGAUCAGGAAACAACCACAUCUCUGAUUCCAGCCACCCACAACACUGGAGGUUCCUUGCCAGACCUGACCAACAUCCAUUUCCCACCUCCACUUCCCACACCAUUAGACCCUGACGAUUCCUCUUUCCCAACACUGAGCACCUCCAGCAGCACUGGUAAUCUUGCAGCAAACCUUACUCACUUGGGAAUCAGCGCAGGCAGUCAGGGGUCUACGACAACGCAGGGAUCACUUAGUGGAACAGCUCAGCAUCGAGAUUCAGCAGUUGGCCCACUACCCUUGAAUUCAGACUCUAGGAGGCAACAGUCUCAGCAGCUUUCGCCUACCUUAUCACCACCCAUUACCAUCCCUCAGGCUGUUGGAAUAGAUGCCAUAACUUUGGAGCAACAGCUCACAGCCUACCCCUUCUUUGCUCAGUCCACUUCACAGACGCAGACAGUUAGUGGCUUGCCGCAGCAGAGACUGGUACAACUCCCACCCCUCACUGUCUCUACACCUUCCUCCUCCAUCCCACAAUCACCCCCGGGUAAUCCAACACAAACAUCCAUGGGGAUUGACAUCAAUUCGGCCUCACUCCAGCAAUACCGCAGUAAUGCUGGCUCUCCUGCCAACCAGUCUCCCACUUCUCCUGUCUCCAAUCAAGGCUUCUCUCCUGGCAGCUCCCCUCAACACACCUCCAUCCUCUGUAGUGUGUUUGGAGAUUCUUACUAUGAUCAGCAACUUGCAUCUAGACAGACAAAUGCUCUGUCCCAUCAGCUUGAACAGUUCAACAUGAUUGAAAACCCCAUCAGCUCCAGCAGUCUGUAUACCCAGUGCUCCACGCUGAAUUUCUCACAAGCCGCUAUGAUGGGUUUGACUGGUAGCACCAGUAGCCUGCAAGAUGUACCACAGCUUGGCUAUGCCAGCCAUGGCAACAUCCCCAAUAUUAUUCUCACAGUUACAGGAGAAUCCCCACCUAGCCUCUCAAAAGAACUCACUAACUCACUGGCAGGAGUUGGGGAUGUCAGCUUUGAUGCAGACUCUCAGUUUCCUCUGGAUGAGCUCAAAAUCGACCCUUUAACACUAGACGGACUACACAUGCUGAAUGACCCAGACAUGGUGCUUGCUGACCCCGCUACAGAAGAUACAUUUCGAAUGGAUCGGCUCUAGGCAUCCCCAAGUCCUCUCCCUCUUUCCUCCCUUUUGUUUCUCCAAAGUCACUCCCUGGCCUCAUGGAGGUGAGCAGAAUAAGCAUCUGAACUGAAUUUGGGAGAAAGGCGCUGAAGCGGAGGAGCAGGCAGAAGCCUCUGUGCAUUCAGCAAAUUCUGCUUCUUGUCCUGAGCUUGUGAUGCCAAUUGCGCCAUGCCCCCUCCUCCAACCCCCCUAUCCCCUUUAAUUAAGCUGCUUGCCAAUGCCAUACAUCCCUUUUGGCACAAAAGACUGAAUGACCCCCUACCCCCAUAUACUCCUUGCAAAGCUUGCAGAUAUGUAUUUUGGUGACAGAUUCAGCUUUGGACCUGCCUGCUGUUUUUAGGUAGGAGGAUUUAAGCGAAAUAAUAUCAAUGGUGUUUAUGUGAGAGACAAAAAACAAACACAAAAAACUGAAUGUGAAUACAUUUCUUGAAACAGAAGUCUCUUAAUUUACAGUCUCUCAUCAAAACCUUCAUCAAGUGGUGCACUUUGACCUCUUAUGUUUCUGUCACAUGCCGCAUUAUGGUAGUUUCCACCCAGUAUGGCCCCAAGUAAUGCUUAAUGUUUUAUUUGUUAUUUAUCAUUUCUCUGUUUUUAAAUCUAACAAAAGGAGAAGUAUUCUUUUUUGUGAUUUAUUUUUCUCAAAAAAACUUUACACUUUUUAUUUUAAGAAACCCCAGCUGUGUAGAUAUUAAACUAUUUAGUGUCAACGUAAAGAAGGAAAAAAAAAAUUAGCAGUAGUUUGCUAAGUAUAUUCCCAUCACCCCAACCCACUGAUUUUGAAGUAUUGAUCUUACAGUAAUAACAAACUUAAAGAAACACUAUAGUAAUGAGGUGGAAAGUAUUUUUCAAACCUAAAAAUCACUGUGAAUUCACCCAGUAAUGCCUUAUGCGGUGAUGGGGCUUGUGUGUGUUUUUUGUUUUUUUUUGUUUUUUUUUUGUUUUUUUUUUGGCUUUUUAUCUACUGUCACAUAUGUAAUGUGAAUAAUUUCAUACUUCUUUGUGGUGUGAUAGGGAAUAUAUUUAUACUAUGUGUUUUAUUUUCAUUCUAUAACAGAGAGCAAAAUAGUACCACUCCCAGCCUAGCACAACAGAAUUCUUGUACUGCAGCAGUUAUAUUUGGAAAAGGGUUUUAUUAUUUGUUCUAACAUAUUUGUAUAGAUGUUUAGAAGAAAAAAAAGCUAUAAUGUUUUUUGGGGGAGAUGGGAUAAGUUACUUGGCCAAAAAAGAAUGCUCAGCAGUAUUGAGGCCCAACUUCAUCUUUCUUAAGCAGUGGCCUUUUUUUGUUUUUUGUUUUUUUUUAAUUAUAAAUAGCUGGAUUUGCAAGGCUUGCUUUCUUUCUCCAAUGUAAAGAUUAUCUAUUUAUUUAUUUAUUUAUUUUUAUAUUGAUUAUUUUUUCUUUUAUUCAAGAAACUAUGAAUCAUGCAAAUGCAGUAACUAGUGCACGCAGACACUACUGUUGUUUGACUGUGAACAGUAUUUUUUAUUUUAAGUCUUCAGAAAAACAAAAAUAUUGCUUGCAGUGAUUGCCAUUUUUAUCUUGUAAACCAGUUCCAGAAUCUCUUUCUAUUUUUCUAAUAGGACAUUCACUGAACAUUUCAUAAAUACAAAAUACGUUGUUCUGAGUUUGUUAAUCAUUUUGCAUGUAUAUGCAUUUUGUGUAAGAGGCAGUGCUAACCACAAUAUAUUUUUUUUUAGUUAAACUUCCCUGUUACUAAGUCCUCAGAGUUAAACAGGCAAACAUAAUUGAUGUUCCUUGUCUUUCUUAUGCAUAUUACAAUAAUGACUAACACUAGCUGAUUCUCACAUAUAAUUAUUUUCAAAUAUCCUGACUGUUGUUUCUCUCACAUAAUCCCCUCUCGGUUGUAGGCUACUAACCUGUACUGAAAUGUGCAUAUAGAGUGUUUCUGCAGUGAACAUAAUUCCAAGGUGCUUUAAAUAUACAGUUAUAGUAGAACUGUUUACACAUAUUUUUCUAUAGUACUAGGGUGUUGUACCGUGUUAGCCGUUAUGAAUGUAGUGAGAAGUCAAGCAAAAUGACACCUUUUAUUGGCUAACUAAAAAGAUUACAAUAUGCAAGCUUUUGAGGCAACUCAGGCCCCUUCUUCAGGCAAGAUGAUGAUGAUUACAUCUUGUCUGAAGAAGGGGCCUGAGUUGCCUCAAAAGCUUGCAUAUCGUAAUCUUUUUAACUAGCCAAUAAAAGGUGUCAUUUUGCUUGACUUCUCACUGCACAUAUUUUUCACAAUUGAAGGUUAAGUAGCUUGCUGUGGGCUUAAAGUCCAAUGUCAUUAGAACUUGCCACACUGCAUACCACCAAAUGCCAAAUUCUAUUUAUUUCUGUCUUUUCCGGAAACCCACUUUCAUUUUAUUUAGUCAAAGUUUAGUAGCUUCAAUUUGGGGAAGGCAGUAACAAAAUUGAGUUAUUACUAUAAUGUUUACAGACUUUAUAAGUUAUACCUAUGAGUAAUACAAGGUAAAUGAUUAAAAAACAUCAAAUCUAAAUAUUUACGUUAGAAAUUUAUAAUUUUAAUUAAAGUAUAAAAGAUGCAUAUAAAAACAUCCAAAACAAAUAAUAAAUGUAACAUCUAGCCAAAUGUCCUAAAUAUGUUAAAAAAAAAGAAAUAAAAAAGCAAAAUGCAAAGACUUUUAAAAUGAAUGCCAGUAAGUGGAAAAAAUGUUUUUUCUCAGUUUCAUACAUGUAUCUAAGCAAAAGACGUCCUUUGUUUCUUUUGUCCUGGUUUUGUGUAGAUAUCUGCUUAUGUCUGCUGGAGUUUAAACAUAAUUGCUUAUGCAGAAGAUGUACUUCUACGCAUGCAUGCUUUUAGUACACUCAUAUACAGGGCUACUUUGUAACAUUUAAGUUAUCAGAUAUGCUAAUAUUUUAAUUGGUAUUCAUAGACUAGGUUGAUGAUGUUGCAGAGCUGUAAAAUCAAGGCUGGCAAGAGUAAAUCCUACUGAGUGUUGUUUCUUAUGUCAGGGAUGUGUUCAUUUUGUAGGUUAUUCUCAAACAAAAUUAUAAAAUCAUUUUUAAUUCAACCUUUCAGUCACAUUUAACUUGCACAGUGUAGAGUACUUGCAUAUGAUUUGUUUAUAGUACCCUAAGAGAAUAGAAAUAUGCCCCCGCUGUAGCAUUCAUUAUGAAAUUGCUAUAUUCUGACUGGACUUUUUCAGGUCAUUUAGUGUCUGGUAAACAGUCACUGUGAAACAUUUCUUCAGGUUGAGUAAUUUAUUACACACUAUUUACAAUGUAACUGAAAUUUAUAAUAUAAAUACACUUACUUAAAUGCCUAGGUGUAGUUUUUACACUUUCAGAUUACUUCUUAUUUGAUCUAAAAAGGAAUUGAAAGCCUCUAAUUCUACAAUUACAGAAACAUAUUAUUAAUAUAUUUGUGAGAAGUAUGCAUUAAAUUCAAAUGUAUUUUAGUUCAACAUAAUGCAACAAGUUUUUAGAUGAAUAAAUAAGGUUUUUUCCUUAUAAAAGUGGAUCUCUUAGUUUACCUGAACAGAUAUUUCAGCUCAGUUUUAUUUACAUGUAGUGUCAAUACUUCUAACAGUACAAUGAAAAAUGAGUAUUUUAUUGUGUAAAACUAGCUCUCCAUAUAGGAUCAUUUCAUAUGCCCUUUACUGCCAGAUUAUAUCCAAAGAAAGCCUUGUUCUUCUAUUCACCCAGUAUCUCUUUACUGAAAAAAUGUAGCUAAAGAGUUCAAUUGUUUUCUUCUUUCAGUAGGUUAUUUUUUAUUAUUUACUGUUUGCUUUUUAAAAAUAAUUAUUUUAAAGGAAUCAUGUGUUACUAGUUAUAGUUACUCGUUUACAGAGUAUCUGUUACUAGCAAAGUGUGAACUAGUAUAUUGAAUAGAAUAACUAGGCAUUUCUGUACAUUGGCAAUAAUUCUUAGACAGUAUGAAACCAUCUUUCUUUCACAUCUUGCCUUACCAUUAUGUAUCAUGCCAGAACAGUUUCACCAUUAUCCAUACUUCUGCAGUUGAUUUAAUUGCUAUAAUGCAGUUGAAUCAAUUAAUGCAUUUAUAUUAAACAAUAUAAUGUGAUAUAAAAUUUGACACAUUUUUCUAAUUUAAUACUUUAUUGAAUGCCAAUUUAGCAUUUCACAGAAUUGUCAGGAAAAAAAAAAGAGUAUGAAAAAAUCUUUUCAUGCUUAGCCAAAGAUCAGUCGGGCAUUCAUGAAACUGUUUGCUUUUUACACUUUGCUUGUAACAUCACCUUGUAAGGGAAGGAAUUAUGUUUGUCUCUGUAUUUUAAUUGUGUGUAUUUUGUCUGUUUUUACUGUUAAAUGCUUAGCAUACUUGCAAGAUCCAAGCUGUUUUAAGCAGGUAUUUCACUUUGUUUUUAACUCAAGAUUUUUGAUUUUGUCACUUGUGUCCCUUCAUGGCGCUUUCCACAUGUCAGGUGAUGAAUAUCUAUUUGUAAAUGUAAUGUACCUUGAUACCUACAGUGUGAGCACUAGGAGAUGGUCACUAAUGUGUUAGUGUGCAAUUGGAGCAGAUGGUUUUUAAGCAAGUUUUCAGUAUGCAUCAUACAUACAAAACCUGUGAUUUUAGUAGUAUUAAGCCAAGAUGGUGAUAGCUAGUGGCUGAUUUCAGAGUGCUACAACCUCUCCAAUUACUGAAAAUAAUUUUAGGCUUGCUGUAAUUGAUAGCAAAAUUAGGGUGCAUUCUGCCUAAAUUUGCUGAAUUUACCACCUGAAACAAUGGUGACAAACUGUGAAUUUUCUUUGAAACUCUUGCUCUUAAGUAUGCUAAGCAUUUUAUAUAUUGCAAGCAAAAACAUAAGAUUCAAAAAGUGUAAUGGUCAAGAUGUUGGUUAGAGCACAAUAUAAGAUUUGAGAGAGUCUCAGAAAAAUCCAAGAUGAUUGCAGCAUAUUAACUGUCGCAUUGUCAUGUGUUAUUUUCUGUGGGUGAAAGAGCAAUGUUGAGUGAGACAAUGAGAUUGUUAGAAAUACCAAGAACUUUUAGGAAGUUUAUUUAAUAAUUCUACUUUUUUUUAAUGCUGUCUUGCUUCAGUGGGUUCAUUCUUUUAAAAGUGGGUUGUACAAAGCUAUGCAUCCCCAGGAAUGGAGAGGGCUGCUAUCUAGGGAUUAGUUGUCUCAUACAUGUCUGUAAUUCUCAUUAUAAAUAAGUAAAGCAGCCUGUGGAAGAUUUUUGUAUAUAUUCUACAUCUUUAAAGGGCAUUUUGGUGUGUACAGUCUCUGUCCUCAGUACUUAUUUACCACAGGAGCAGGCAGUGAACUUUAAAAGUUUUUUUGUUGAAUGUCACAGUUGUGUAGUAUGCUCAUGCCUCCUGACAUUUUCUCUCAGUUUUCAGACACCACUUUUUGUAAUUGCUUCAAAACUAAACAUAUUUUUAAAGCCUUGGUCUUUGCACUGGAGGCUAUAAAAACUAAAUUGAAAAAAUGCAGGCGUGUUUUUUAAUGUUAGUUGAAAAGUAAGCUUUGGAGGUAACCCCGUGGAUAUGAUUUCUCUAGAAAAUGUUUCGUACAUGCAAAAAAGAUGCUAUGAACCAUUUCAACAAUGUGUAACACUAAAACACUUAUUUAGAACAGUGAAUAUCACUUCAAAUAAUCUUUUUCCAAAAGAUAAAAAAUGUGAAAGGGUUGUAUAAUGAAUGUCAAAAAAAAAGAAUUUUUAGUGAACUCCAUUUUUUUCUGCAAUGUUUUACUGCCACCAAGUAAAUUUAACUUUCUGAAUGAGAAGACAGAAGAUUCUUAACCUAAAUUGCCCAUAGGCCUCCUCAUUCUGGCCUACUUUUGAACAAUCUGUGGAUAAUUUUGACUUCUUUUGCCAGCAAGACAGCUGAUUGAGUAUGUACAUAUUUACCGCCUAGUUGGCAGCUAUUCUCUGUAAAAUCAGUCUUGGUUUUUAAAUUUGAGAGAAUCUACAUUUGUUGCAUUCAGUGCUUACUGUCAGUACGAUGCAAAGUGAGCCUGCCAUGCGGAGGCUUCUGGUAUCAUUUGACACAUGUUGCAACUUUCCGUGCUAUUAUGCUGCAGAUGUGCUAAAUCUCAGACAGUCUUCAGAGAAAGUCAUUUUUUUGCCUUUACCUCAAAUUCACCAAGUUGUUAGGGUAUCAGUGUUUCAUUCAUGAAGAUAAUCUGUGCAUACUCUCCAUGUAUCUGAUCAGCAUAAUUUCAAAACUGUCAUUUCUUUUAGCUGGAAGGAAGAAAUAUAAAUAAUUUCAUGAUGAUUAAGGAACAUCUGAAGCUAAGCUCAGUGAUACUCAGCCAAGUGUUUUUUUUUCUUUUCCCCGUCAUAGUUGACAUUACUUGGUUCUAGCAAUUUCUUAUUGUUAAAUUAAAAAGAAUUAAAUCAUUAAAAGCUAAAGAUGUGGCAUGUGCAGUCAGCAAAGUAUAAAAGAAUAUUUUCUGAAUCAUGUUUCGGGGGGGGGGGGCGGCACGGUGGCGCAGUGGGUAGCGCUGCUGCCUCGCAGUUGGGAGAUCUGGGGACCUGGGUUCGAUUCCUGGGUCCUCCCUGCGUGGAGUUUGCAUGUUCUCCCCGUGUCUGCGUGGGUUUCCUCCGGGCGCUCCGGUUUCCUCCCGCAUUCCAAAGACAUGCAGGUUAGGUGGAUUGGCGAUUCUAAAAUUGGCCCUAGUGUGUGCUUGGUGUGUGGGUGUGUUUGUGUGUGUCCUGCAGUGGGUUGGCACCCUGCCCAGGAUUGUUUCCUGCCUUGUGCCCUGUGUUGGCUGGGAUUGGCUCCAGCAGACCCCCGUGACCCUGUGUUCGGAUUCAGCGGGUUGGAAAAUGGAUGGAUGGAUGGAUGUUUCGGGGGAAGUAAAUAAAAACAUCAGUAAAGAAGUAUGCUAGUACUGAAGUGUAAUACAGGCUUAAGUGUUAGUAUGGUGGAGUUGAACUAGCAACUGUCAAAGUCUAAAAGUUAAUGACUUGAUACAUUGACGUGCUUUCACAGAAAUUCUACAGGAAAACUAUACUCGAACACUGAAUAUAUCUUUGAUAUUUGGGGCUUCAUAGAAAUUCCUUCCAGAUCUUCAUCUUACAAAAACCCAUUUUUGCGUCAUAUUAAUAAGACUGAAAUGUGGAAUUCUGGCUGUGACCAGCAACAUCCUUCGUAAAAGGUUUAUAAGAAAAAUACAGUGAACUUGCUUUGCAGACACACAAAAUAUAAACAUGUACAAACACUUUAUUUAAACAUUUUAUAAUUUUCCAUUUUAUUUGCAUGUAAUCUUCAGAUUGAAUUUUUCAUUCUCUGUUUCAGUGGCCAAUGACACUCCACACUAUUUGUCAGUUGUGUUUUUUAUGUAUUAAUUUGCUUAACUUUCAAUUUGUUUUAAAAUUCAUGUUUUUAUAUAUUUUUGCAUUGACUUACAUUUUUAUCUUUAUUUUGCAUAUUUCCUUUAGUUUGUCUUUGUCUUUGAUUUGUUUUGUAGUCACUGUAGUUCUUGCUGUUGUUUACAUUUGUUUGAAUUCAUUUUAUUUUGCAUUGGCUUUUUUCAUAUUGUUGCUCUUUUAGUGCUUUAAUUACUGUUCUUUUUGUUUUUCUCUUUCACAAUUCUUUCUCUUCGUUUCAUUAUUAACCCCUCUUAAUUAAUUUUUAUUUUUUCAACUUUUAAAUUGUGCUUUCCUUUAUUUAUACUUACUUAAAUUGGCUGUGCUAGAUGUUGUUUUCAUACUCUGUUGAUGUAUUUAGAGUCUGAUUUUGGUGCGUUUGUGUUAGCAAUUUUUAGUUUGUAUUACGUGCAUUUCUAAAGUUAAAUGUUUUGUAUGAAUUUUGUUUGUUUGGGUACAUAUAAAAUGUUUACAUAUUUUUUGUAUUAUUUAUUAUAUUUAUAUUCUUUUUGUACCCAGAUCACUUUAUGUAAAAAAUUUUUUGUAUGUGCUAAAUUGGCAGUGUGGUUCAUUUUACCUUUUGAAGGCAAAUUGGAGGAAUUAUGUACAGUAGUUGUCAAUUCGACAGUAUGCUUUAAAUAACAGCUCCUUAAAACCGCUUCCCUUAUACAGAAUCACUUCUAAAAUGUUAAUUCAUAUUUUUUAACCAGGGUGAAACCAGGGUUUCUUAAGAUAUAUCUACUGGUCAUUUUCAGCAACACAUUCAUAAAGUUAAAUACCAUCCCUGAUGUCCACCUACCAAUAAAAUGUCAUUAUUCAUAUCAUAAAUGUUGCUUUCUCUCCAGCUCAGCUACAUUUUAAAUACGUAUUGAUGUAUCUGGGCACACAGGGCACCCCAGCACAUCCUCUCUUCCUCUGGCACAGAUUUUUCCUCUGCCCAAUUUCCAGCACGUUUCUAAAUCAUCAUGCAUGAUGUCUAUAGAAUUGUUGUUGUGCAUGUGGCAUCGUGCAAGUUCACAGUGCAAAAAAGGUAUCUUAUAGUUUUAAGACUUUUUUAACUAAUAUAUAUUUUAUUUAAUUUUUUUUUAAUUGAGUGGUGGAUAGAGCUAAUUUCAUUUUAAUUGUGGUGUCCUCCCUUAUCUUUUAGGAAGGCCGUGCGAAGCCUCCAAAUGUUUUUUGCAUGAACUACUUGCUCACGUCAAAUUUAUAAAUUACUUUUUGAUAGGUACAGAGGGGUGCUAUUAUUAGUAGCUUGAGCUGAUAAAAAAAUUGAAGCAAGUGAGGCUCUGUAUAAAUCAAUUUCUCCUUGACUUGUUUUUUUUUAAAUAGUUAUGGACAUUUUCAUUUUUCCAUCAAUUUACAACAAAUAAUACCACUAGUAUGGAAUUGAGAUGCACUAAUUAACUAACCUGGCUAAUUUUAACAACACUUCAUUCUAUUCAUUAAAUGAAGCCAUUUAUACCAUUUCUUAUUUGGAAUGUAAUGUAUUGUCUUUUUAAAAAAUAAAUUUGUUUUUCCUUUUCAUUUUUAUGUUGUUUAUAUUUGUGUUCUCCUUUGUAUAGUCUGUACUAGCUGUAGAUAUAUUGCAAGGAGAUUUCACCCUGUCAUAUUCAUACUGCCUAACAUGAUGUCAUUCUACAUUCUUCUACUUUUACUUUAAUUUACUGACAAUAAAAUAACUGGUUUAUGUAGUUUUACAUAAUGUACAACAUAUUUACAGUAUAUAAUAUAUUGUUCCUAGAAGAGAAAGACACCUUUCUCUUCCACCUGAAAGUUCUGUGAUAUUAUGAGGUACAAAAUAAUAGCAAGGUUUGUUAUUUUUGAUUUUUUUUUUUAUGGGACACUUGUUAAAACUGUUGUGUUACAAAUCUUUUAAAGUUGAUAUAAAAAUGCCUCGGUCUCAAAAUCAUUAUUCUUCAUUUACAAUUAUGUGAAGGUUUAAUAGUAUUUCCAGUUUCAAUAGUUUAAUUUUGUUUUUUUUUGUUUUUUUGCUUGAUGUUGCUGGGCGACUGUUGCCUUAUGCUUGAACUUGGCAGAUUUAGCUAAUGCAAAUUGAAAAGCUGCUAAUUUUUUCAUUAUCAGUUUACAUUAUACUGUAGGGGCUGUGUGUAAGCAUAAUAUUUGCACCUAAAUAUGCCAAGUCCCGGCUCUUGUGUAAAGCUAGCUGCAGGUGAUGUUUUGGAAAGAGGGGUUUUCCGGGAAUUGGUUGGCUUUUGUAUGAACUAUGCUCUUCAUUCCCACCUAAAUAUGUCUAGCCAAGCUAUGUUGUGAAACUCUGGGCACUUGGAAAAUGCUCUGUUUCUCAGUCUGUAUCAUGCUGUUAAUCUUCUGGUCUUGGAUUUAAAUGAAAAUAUACAUUUCUGACAUUAUGAAUGUGGAUAACUUUUGUGUAUGUGCACUCAAUGGAAAAUGUGCUUCUCAGUAUUCCUCAAGAGUGAACCUUCUGUGAGCUCUGUCAGGAUCUCCUUCAGCAUUCUUUUUUGCAUGCUUCCCGGGCAUAUAAUCAGGUAAUGGCUGCCAAGUUGACUGUUCAGCUUUAAAAUUUUUCAAAAAAUAAAGAUAGCUGUACUGUCCAUUUUUAUUUACGUGCACCAGAGUCUUGUUUUGUUAACAUGUUCCAACCCCCCAUUUUUUUUUUGCUUUAAGUUGUGAUACCAUGGGCAGUAAUUUUAGUUAAAACUGGGCCUUCUAAAUGUAAAUACAUUUGUCGAAGAACAAAGAAAACAGUGAGUUUAACUAGAGCCUAUAAGCUACACUGCAAAGGCCUCACCUAACCCCAGAUGUCUCACCUAGUCUUCUUUUGUCCCUUGUGCCAAACCACAUGUUUGUGUUUCUCACCCAUAGGCAACAUGAAGAACCCAAAGUUACAAUGAAUUAAAGAACUGGCAUGACUGUACACUAGUCAGCAUUUAGGAGGGAGGUUUGAUUUAUUUUGUUUUUUCACUGACAAACUGUAACAUAGGUAAACACUAUUGGUGGCUGUUAGAUUUGUGCCUGCCAUAUAAUAAAUCAUUUAGCAGAAAAGAAGGGGAAAUUUUAUACAGUUAUAUAAUGUGUGUGUGUGUGUGUAUGUAUAUAUGCGUAUAUAGUAUAUAUAUAUAUAUAUAAAAUAUACACAUACACACACCUAUAUAUUUCUAUUGAUAGCUAAAAACUGUUUAAAUUGUUGAUAAUGUUUGUGUUUUUUUUGUUUGUUUUUUUUUUUUUUUUUUUUUUAUUCAAAAGCUUUACUAUAUUUUGUGUAUUCUGUCCUUGUGGUGGUGUCUGCAGUGCCAUUCCAUCCAGUAAUUCAGCCAUUGUUUAUCUAAUAGAUCUUUUCAUGCCUAUGUGACCCUGCUGUUUACCAAACAGUUUGACAUUUCAGAUGCAGUGAGUCUGGGAAAACUCACUGUUUACACUUGGCCCACCUGCACAGGGUUGGGAGUAGGAUUUGCGGGGCUCCCAAAGCGCCUUCUUAAUCUUCAUAGUAACAAACGAGGAGAGGAACUCUUCUCAAAUGGCAGCUAAAUUGUAAGAUACAUCAUUUCUGGGUUCAACAUGGUGCAUGUGCUGGUAGUUUUAAUGUUGAUUUUUUCCUUGUUUUUAUUUUAUUUGUAACUCAGCUCAAACACUAUCUUUAGUUUGGAAUGAGAAUAUCUGUACAGUUCCACUCAUUAAAUAUGCAAAGCGAGCACUCCGCCGGCAGCUCUUGGAUCACAGCUGUUUGGAGAGCUGUAACUUUAAAUGAUUUAAAAAAAAAAAAAAGAAGAAGAAGAACUGUAUGCUUUUAUUUCUUGUGCUUUUUUAUAUAAAACUGUGGGGGGUGAAGAAAAAAAAAACUCCACAUGGGCUUUAGAUGUGUGCAACCCUGAGAAAUCUUGUGAAAAAGCUUAAACUGAGAUCGUACAUUUUUAAGUAUUUUUGUUGUGUGAAGGCUUCUUGUCUUUGUAUCUUUGCAUUAAUAUUUGUAAAUGAAAUGUAAUAAAAGAAAGAAACGUUCUACUGUUUUCGUCAAA